GGAAAGAAGGAGAGGGACUUUCACUUUAUGCAAAUUCUACACAACAUUUUUUGGGGAGCUGACUCCACCCCACUGCUAUGGAAACGCACGUGCGUGUGUGAGCGUGAGUGUGAGUGUGUGUAUGUGUGUGUGUGUGAUUGCGCGCUCUUUCCUUUAAUUCUCCCCCAGCCUAAGGACAGGCAGGAGGAUAAACCCGGAGCAGAAGCAGCGCCAGCUCAGUCUGAGAGAGAGAGGGAGAGAGAGAGAGAAGGGGAGGGGACUGGACAGCACCGGACAGAGCCAGGGUUCGCAGCCCCGCCGACUUUGCUCUUUAAAUUGGUCUCAAAGCCGAUUACAGCUGAUCUCCCACGUGACGUUUUACCUUCUGUCUCACCCAGAGCGAAUUGCUCAGGGACAAUCCUCCUUGGGCUGCGGUGCUUCUCCCCAGCUCGACCGCACCGCGGUUUGUGGCACGAACUUUUUUAGGGGGGUGGUGGUGGUGGUGGUGGUGGUUGGGGGUGGGAGGACGGCAGCGGGCAGGGCCGGGCGGAGCCAGUAAGAGGCUCUGACCGCAGACAGUCCGGCCUCCCGGGGAGCCCAGAGGUCCCUCUCGCCGAGCCCGAGGACUGAAGCCGUGGCUGCAGCAGCAGCUCCAGCAGCAGAGAGAGCGUCCGAGAGUCCCCUAGACGCCAGUGCCCGAGGGGAGGACAGGGCACUGGCCAUCUCCUUAGGGUCAAGCGGCUGCAGUAAAGCCAGGGGGCGUCUAGCCCUCGAGGAGGAGCAGGGGAGCCCCUGGCCGCACUGCACCCUAACGCGGGGAAGUGGAAAGCGGCGCGGGGCUGUCCCCUCGGAGGAGGGGUGGGGGAACUUGCACAAAGAUGCCGAGGGGUCCCCCGAGCUAGGGGCCCGCCAAGGACUCGAGCCCCGCUACCGGCCGGUCGGGUCCGGGCCCCCCUAGCCAUGCAGAAGAGCGUGCGCUACAACGAGGGGCACGCCCUGUACCUGGCUUUCCUGGCCCGCAAGGAGGGCACGAAGCGCGGCUUCCUGAGCAAGAAGGCGGCAGAGGCGAGCCGCUGGCACGAGAAGUGGUUCGCCCUUUACCAGAAUGUGCUCUUCUACUUCGAGGGCGAGCAGAGCGGCCGGCCAGCCGGCAUGUACCUGCUGGAGGGCUGCAGCUGCGAGCGGGCUCCCGCCCCGCCCAAGGCAGCGUCUGGGACAGCGGGUGGCAAGGACGCCCUGGACAAGCAGUAUUACUUCACUGUUCUCUUUGGUCAUGAAGGUCAGAAACCACUGGAGCUCCGAUGUGAAGAGGAACAUGAGGGUAAGGAGUGGAUGGAUGCCAUUCAUCAAGCCAGUUAUUCAGACAUUCUGAUUGAGAGAGAAGUAUUAAUGCAGAAGUACAUCCAUCUAGUUCAGAUCGUAGAGACAGAAAAAAUUGCAGCUAACCAACUCCGACAUCAGCUUGAAGAUCAAGAUACUGAAAUUGAAAGACUUAAAUCAGAGAUUGUUGCUCUUAAUAAAACCAAGGAACGAAUGCGACCAUACCAGGGCAACCAGGAAGAUGAAGAUCCAGAUAUCAAAAAGAUUAAAAAGGUUCAGAGCUUCAUGCGAGGAUGGUUAUGUAGAAGGAAAUGGAAAACCAUUGUUCAAGAUUACAUUUGUUCUCCCCAUGCUGAAAGUAUGAGAAAGAGAAACCAGAUUGUUUUCAACAUGGUUGAGGCUGAGUCAGAGUAUGUACAUCAGUUGUACGUUCUUGUUAAUUGUUUCCUUCGCCCUUUAAGAAUGGCUGCCAGCUCCAAGAAACCUCCAAUUACCCAUGAUGAUGUCAGCAGCAUUUUCCUCAAUAGUGAAACCAUCAUGUUCCUCCAUGAAAUAUUUCAUCAAGGACUAAAGGCAAGGAUUGCUAAUUGGCCUACUUUAAUUUUAGCUGACCUUUUUGAUAUUCUGCUACCAAUGCUUAACAUUUAUCAAGAAUUUGUCCGCAAUCAUCAGUACAGUCUUCAAGUGCUAGCCAAUUGUAAGCAAAACAGAGAUUUUGACAAACUCUUGAAACAGUAUGAGGCCAACCCUGCCUGUGAAGGGAGAAUGUUGGAAACUUUCCUGACCUAUCCCAUGUUUCAGAUACCCCGGUAUAUUAUAACACUCCAUGAACUUCUUGCUCAUACCCCUCAUGAACACGUGGAAAGGAAGAGUCUGGAAUUUGCAAAAUCAAAACUAGAAGAACUGUCAAGGAUAAUGCAUGAUGAAGUGAGUGAUACCGAGAACAUACGGAAAAACCUUGCCAUAGAAAGAAUGAUAGUGGAAGGCUGCGAUAUAUUGUUAGAUACCAGCCAGACUUUCAUUCGACAAGGUUCUCUCAUUCAAGUCCCUUCAGUUGAGAGGGGGAAACUUAGUAAAGUUCGCCUGGGCUCAUUGUCUUUGAAAAAAGAAGGAGAAAGACAAUGCUUCCUAUUUACCAAACACUUUUUAAUUUGUACAAGAAGUUCAGGAGGAAAACUGCACCUACUGAAGACAGGUGGUGUUCUCUCUCUCAUAGAAUGCACCUUGAUUGAGGAGCCUGAUGCAAGCGAAGAUGAUUCAAAAGGUUCUGGGCAAGUGUUUGGACACCUGGAUUUUAAGAUUGUAGUGGAGCCUCCAGAUUCUGCUCCCUUCACAGUUGUCUUGUUAGCACCUUCUCGACAAGAAAAAGCUGCAUGGACAAGUGACAUAAGUCAGUGUGUUGACAAUAUUCGGUGCAAUGGCUUAAUGACAAUAGUAUUUGAAGAAAAUUCCAAAGUGACCGUGCCACAUAUGAUUAAGUCUGAUGCCCGUCUUCACAGAGACGAUAAAGAUAUCUGCUUUAGCAAAACAUUAAAUUCCUGCAAAGUGCCCCAGAUUCGCUACGCCAGUGUGGAAAGACUCUUGGAAAGGUUGACAGACUUGCGUUUUCUCAGUAUUGACUUUCUCAACACUUUUCUGCAUACUUACCGUAUCUUCACCACAGCAGCUGUGGUCCUGGAGAAGCUGUCUGACAUAUACAAGAGACCUUUCACAUCCAUCCCCGUCAGGUCUCUGGAAUUGUUUUUUGUUACCAGUCAGAACAAUCGAGGUGAACACUUAGCAGAUGGGAAGUCGCCAAAUCUGUGUCGAAAAUUCUCCUCUCCACCCCCAUUGGCAGUAUCCAGAACUUCUUCCCCUGUUAGAGCCAGAAAGCUGUCGUUGACUUCCCCUCUGAACUCAAAAAUUGGAGCCCUAGACCUGUCUGCUUCCUCCAUGACCAGCAGUCCUACCUCAACGUAUAGCCCUGCUACAUCCCCACCACCCCACACUGGUAAAGUACCAUUGGAUCUUAGCAGAGGCCCUUCUUCUCCAGAACAAAGCCCCGGACCUCUAGAAGAGAAUUUAGAUAACCCCCGCAUGGAUCUGUGUAACAAGCUAAGACGAAAUAUCCGAAGAGCAGCUGUUCUAGAAUCCGUGUCGGGGGACCGAUCGAUUUCGGAAAGUACUCCAGCUAUGGAAAUUGCUGAACUUUCACCGUGCAGAUCACCUUCAACUCCUAGACAUUUAAGAUAUCGUCCACCUGGAGGACAGACGGCUGAUAAUACCCACUGCUCCGUUUCUCCUGCCUCUGCUUUUGCUAUUGCUACAGCUGCUGCAGGACACGGGAGUCCACCAGGAUUUAACAAUACUGAGAGAACCUGCGACAAAGAAUUCAUAAUACGCAGAACAGCCACCAACCGAGUACUGAAUGUUCUUCGUCACUGGGUCUCAAAGCACUCACAGGAUUUUGAACUCAACAAUGAACUCAAGAUGAAUGUCCUAAAUUUGCUGGAGGAAGUCUUGAGAGACCCUGACCUUCUACCCCAAGAAAGGAAAGCUACAGCCAAUAUCCUGAGAGCCCUUUCUCAAGAUGAUCAAGAUGAUGCCCACCUCAAAAUGGAGGAUAUAAUCCAAACGCUUGACAGUCCUAAAGCAGAAUGCUUCGAAACUCUGUCAGCCAUGGAACUUGCCGAACAGAUCACACUAUUGGACCACAUAGUGUUCAGGAGCAUCCCCUAUGAAGAAUUUCUUGGGCAGGGUUGGAUGAAAUUGGAUAAAAAUGAAAGAACACCCUACAUUAUGAAAACCAGCCAGCACUUUAAUGAUAUGAGUAACCUUGUGGCCUCCCAGAUAAUGAAUUAUGCUGAUGUCAGCUCCCGGGCCAAUUCCAUUGAGAAAUGGGUUGCUGUUGCUGAUAUCUGUCGCUGCAUGCACAACUACAACGGAGUGUUGGAAAUCACCUCAGCCUUAAACAGGAGUGCAAUCUACAGGCUGAAGAAAACCUGGGCCAAAGUCUCUAAACAGACAAAAGCUCUUAUGGACAAACUUCAGAAGAUUGUAUCUUCAGAAGGAAGAUUUAAAAAUCUCAGAGAAACACUCAAAAACAAUUGUAACCCCCCUGCAGUCCCUUAUCUUGGAAUGUACCUAACUGACCUGGCGUUUAUUGAAGAAGGAACACCAAAUUUUACUGAGGAAGGCCUUGUCAAUUUUUCAAAAAUGAGAAUGAUAUCACAUAUUAUCAGGGAGAUACGCCAAUUCCAGCAGACUUCCUACAGGAUAGACCACCAACCAAAGGUCACUCAGUACUUGCUGGACAAAACUCUCAUCAUAGAUGAGGAUACCCUCUAUGAGCUGUCACUAAAGAUCGAGCCUCGACUCCCGGCUUGAUGAGCCAGCUUUGCCCCUGAAUCUACAGAGAGCAUCCACGUGAAGAGACGGAACUGUGCCUGCCAUGCCUGCACCAUGGGUGGGAAAGGGAUGGGAUUUCAAGCUCCAGACUCCUCCAACCACGACAGAGGCUCCCAGAACUUCUGUCUCACGCCAGGAGAACAGAGCUGUUUAGGGGGCAUGGCCGAUGCUUCAGACUUGGGCAGGAGGCUGGCAAAGUCGGUGCUUUGCAAAGCGAGAAUGGUAUUUUGCCUCUCAUAGAAAGGCCUGAGUAGAGAAGGAAGGCCUUAGUCCCACGUGGUGGGGGUUGCUGAUUUCUUGGGGGAAUAACUGAGGAGGCAAAUCUGACGCCCCCGUGUUCCGUUGAGAGCCCGGGGGCAGAGAGAGAUGUUUCUCUGGCAUGUUACUUCACAGGGAGCAUCUACGAACCCAACCUUAGGAUACGUGGGCUUUCGUUCCAUUUACUUUCAAACGAGUAACAGCUAAACAGAAAAUGUCGUCCUCUUGGGUGGGAGAUGCCCAGCCCUAAACUGUCUCCGUUUUUAAUAGCAUGUGCGCUGUUGCAAGUGUGUAGAUCAAUAUUUAUCUUUAGGUAAUCUGAUGUUCCGAAUCCAUCUUUUCUGUCUUUGGGCGGCCGUACAGAGGCACCGGGGUGGGAUGGGGAAAGAGAACAAAAGAUGAAAUAGAUUUGACUCUCAGACGGACUCUCAGACUCUUCUGCCUCUCAGGAGGAGCCGUUCUCUCUUUGAUAGAGGGGCCAAGCUCCGGGGAGCUGAAAGAAGGGACUCUCCUCGUCCUCGUCCUCGUCCUCUGCCUGAUUUCUCUUCUCGAGGAGGAUCAGGAGCUCUGGCUGCUCACUGUGCCCCCCGGCGAUCUCUUCCUUUCCUCCUUGCCUCCCACCACCCUAGAGGGAGCUGCAGGAAUGGUGUGAGAAUGUUGGCUUUACAUUUUUUUUUCCCUUGCUCCUUGCUCAAUAUUGCCUCUGCUUGUUUUCUGUAUUUCUACCUGGAGAAUGUGGGAUUCCGUUCUGGUCGGAAUUUUUUGUUUUUAAAGGCAAAUGAAUCCUGGAUUAUGAACAUCUAAGACCAGAAAAGGCUUUGUUUUGUUUUGUUUUUUUUUUUAAUAAUACUUUUAAAGUCCUGAGCUUCUUACUGCAUGAUUGGCCUGUGGAAUCCCCUCUGGGCAGCCAUCUCCGAUUGCCCAAGGAGAAACUAAGCUAACUUUCCCCCCAAACUAUCUGCUAGUGAAGAAAUAGAGCCUUGUAUUUGUUUACCUCUCUUCUUUUUGUAGGGAGACAGCUGCUGUUUUUAAUUAUAAAGGAGGAAAAGAAGUUGUUACCCUAGCCUUUUGCAUAUGACUUAAUCUCUAAGAGUCAGGAAGCUUCUUAAUGCUGACAAUGAAGAAUUGAUCUUGUGGGCUUGAUUUUUUUUUCUUCUUUAUUUGCACUUUAAUUUUGUCGGGAGAGCUAAGAGCUGUCCAAUAAAUUCCACUCACAGUCUCUUAAGACUAGGUGGAAGGACUGAUGUUGAGGAUGUACCUUUUGUGGCAGUGAAUGUCCUCAUGUUUUCUGUACCUCAAGGACCAUCUCUGUAAAUAACUACAUAACAAAACAUCAAGUAAAUACUAGGAACUCAAUUUAAAAUCUUUGGCGUCCUUUCCAGAAGCAUCAUGAGUAGUUUUGAAUUAACUAGCACGCUAACAUUAUACCCAGAUGGGUCAUUUAGAAAUAUUCUCUUUUUCUUUUAAGAAAAAACAUUGCCUGUCCUUUUAGAGUAUGAAAUAAGAGGCUAAUGCAUCCUGAUGCAUGAUAAGAAGCAUGGGGUCUUUGGAUCACAAUAACAUGCAACUGUAUAGUUCAUUUAUCAAUUGUGCAUCAUACGAAUUUGAAAUUAACAGCUGCCAACUACAUAUAAUACCACAAAGUCUACAGUGGAGAAGGAAAAAAUAGAUUGCCCCAUUUUUUACUAGAAACACUUGCUGCUUGCAAAAAAAGAUAAGAGUUGAAUAUAUGAGAAUAUGAAAUCAGAAGGUGGUGUAUAAUCAAGAUACUGGCUAAAUAAUGAUAGAAUUGGUGUAUAGGCUGUAAAUUCUGCCCUGUGGGACCAGACAGACCCCAGCAGGGAAAGAAGGACUGACUAUGUGCACCCUGACUGUGUACCCAUCACAUUUUUCUCCUGAUUUCCCAUCCACAUCUGAAUUGCAAAUCUGGGUACAUUUUAUUUCUCUGUUCCAAAUGGCUCAAGUGUCAAUACACAGCCUCUCUACACAUUAAGUUCAAAUUAUUAGAGAAAAAUGGGAACCAGAAAUCUCUUAAGUGGUCAUCCUACUAAAACAGGUUCAAGGGAUGCAGUGAUCCAGUAGCUACUUUCAAAAAACAUUCUUUGUAGCUUCCUCUGUAUCUGCACAGGCUAAGCUGGUGCCAUUGCCAACCACAUUCCCUGUCCAUGUUUGGCUCACAUCUUCCAGCCCAGUGGUUCUUGACCUUUUCUUGUGUCACAGACCAGACUCCCCCAUGACAGUCUGGUGAAGCCUAUGGGUCUCUCUCAGAUUAAUGUUGUUUGUUUGUUUGUUUGUUUUAAUGUAUAAAAUGCAAAGGGAAACAAAAUAGUUAUUAAAAAUUAUCCUUAAAGCUCACAGAGCAGAUUAAGAACCCUUGCUCUAGAAUAAUGGGCAAGAGCUGUGUGAAGGGAUAAAUGGGGUCCAACAUCAUGUUUUUACAAUUAUAUGCCUCUUGUAACAUGCCCCACACCUGAACAGAAUUACUAUGAAUGGAUUGAGGUAAAAAUAUAUCCUCAGAGAAGGUCCUAAAGAUUUUCUUCUCCAUUUUUAAGCCAACUGAUAUAGGAGACUUUUAUUUAAAAAAAAAAGGCUUUAUGAUGCCUUCAUUCAGUGACCAAACUAGAACCAUCUUGUUGGGUCUUUGUCAUUUUUCCUUGGCAUAUAUGAAAUAUUGUAGGCCAUGAGCUGUGGUAACCAUUACCUCCCUUAAACCCUAUUGUUCCUUUGUUGUUGGAUAGUUAGUCCCAUCAGGAUAUGGGACCACUUUUGGAUUCUGAUUAUAUGGGCUGUCACUUCACUUCCAAAUGGAAGACAUGAGAAAAAUGUACAAAUAUUUUAAAAACAAACUGCAAAUGCUCACAUAGGGAAAAUGUACACAAUAUGUAUGUGCUAAAGUCAAACUCUAGUUUCAUGCUUCUGCCUUAAUACCCACAAUUUCCAUGAAAUUAUCUUGGAGUUUAUAGGGAAUAUUUUUUGAUAAGAAAUAAUACAUCCACUUUUGCUACAGGAGCUCAUCUCUUGCUAAAUCAGAUAAUGUUUUUUGACAUAAUAAGGUAUGAAGUAGUAGAGUAGUGUCACCUUCCCUUAAUAUUUCAGUGAAAUAACUCAGUGUAGGUAUUUAGAAUUGCUUGGGGGCAACUUAAUUCAACCACCAUUCAACAAAGCAUCCAUUUGUUAUUUGGUGGAUUUCUAUAAAAGUGAAAGCUAUCAUAAAAAGAAAGUAAACCCUUCUAUUCUGAAUAAUUUGGAAUAGACAAAGAAUUCUCCAGUUUUGAUUUUGUAUAGUGAGCAAGCAAGCUUAUCUCCUUUUCAAAUUAAAUAGAAUCUUGGCUGGAUAAGAGUUCAGAAAUUUACAAAAUUUUAAGGAGUGGUUUCUUCUACUUUAUUUAUGAUAAAUAGAUUUUAUUUCCAAAUUGACCAAAAUAAAAAUUCCAUUUACAAACUAGAGUCUUAUUUAUUUGUUUUUGUCUAGCAUAAGUUGACCCUCGAGUAAAUCUCUUCUAUGAUUAUUAAAUGUAUUGUGUGUAUGUAUGUGUACAUACACACACAUAUAUAUGAUAGAUAGGAUUGUGUAUAUGUGUGCAUACAUUCAUAUAUGUGUAUACAUACACAUAUAUCUGAUCUUAGUAAUGAAAUCAUAUUUGCAACACUAUCAAAAUGAGUUGCAAGGAUAGAGAUCUGUUAUGCUAAAGAGAAAAAUCCUAGCUCCUAUUCCUAAGAGGGAAGAUCAAUUAGCAAAGUCACAUAUCCUUCCAUCUAGGCUCAAAUCAGAAGACAAAUUGCUAAACUGACAGCUUAUGCUUUAAGUGUUAGCAUAUGAACAUGUUGGUUGAACCUGGCAUCCUGGUAUGAAAUAAAACACUAAUUCAAACAUUCUUCAGUUCAAAAAUCAAUCACUGUUUCAUUUAUCAGGUCACCAAAGGCCUGUAACCAAAGCAGAGCCAAUUAUCUUGGUUUAUUUUUCUUUUUUAAGUAUAAGCAGAUAGAUCAUGUAUGAAUGUUAUAUGUCCUUUCUGUCACCAUGUAGCAUGACAUAGCUAUCUACCUGCAUAGCAGGAAUUUGUCAUAAUUGGUCCUUUCAAGGAAAAAUUAAUGAUACUGAAUUUUUAUAUGCAUCAUUUGUAUUUUAUCAUUCUAUCACCCUCCCUUGUCCCUUUUAUGAUUGAUUUGAUUGUGUAGUCCUUUAGAUGAAAAAAAAAAUAUGUGUUUCUUGGAAAGUACCCUGUUAAUAUCCAGUCACGUUGUGUCUCCACUGACAUCUGAUAUAUACUUGACAUUUUGACAGAAAGAUUUUGCUUUGUGUAGUAAGGCUUAUUGACUUAAGAGGUGCAGACUGUGCCUAUAUGUAGAUUAAAUACCAUUUAUCAAAUUGUAAGCCUUCUUCUCGUGUUUGUUUCAUUUUACCCCUGUUAAAAAUGCCUAUAUGUCUUUUAAAACCCCAUUUUAAUGUUACCUCCUCCAAGAUAUCUUCAAAUUCUCCUCACUACUGGCAAUGACUUUUCCCCUCUGACUGGAGAACACUUGGUUUCACACUUGUUAAGUGUGUUUAUCAUACAAUAUUGUAAAGUAUAAUUAUCUGUUUGUAUUUCACCAGACUGUAAGCCCCUUGAGGGCAGGGACCUGUGUCCUCCCUAAACUUUGUAUAUUCCCUGACAACAUCUAGCAUGGUGCUCUUUCCACUGUAAGCACUUAAUAAAUAUAAAAUUUUAGCCAAA